GUGUCGGUUCCAAAUAACAAACAACAACUGAUAUUGAGCCGCAGAAUCUUGGAGUUUUUGAAGUGAUUGCAUUUGAUGUUUAACAUGGAUAUUCUACGAUUUUCGUGCAUCUUUUUAUUUUUAAUUCAAACCACAUUAAGUAAACAGAUUCAACUUGAUAAUGAUGUCGUAGAAAUUGAAUUCGAUGAAACGAAUGAAGUUUUUGUUAAGGCCGAGGAUGGAUUUCAAAUACUUAUAUCUGUUGAAAAUGUUAAUAUUACAAAACCAGGAGAGUAUAUUUUAAUAAAAGCAGGUCUUGGAAUAGAUGAUGGCUAUGAUGGAAUUAUUUUUACGGGAUUUUUAAACACCUCCAGGGAAUAUUUAUCACUUAAAAAUGAAAUUUAUAUAACGUGUCAAGAAGCUACUUUAGCGCCACCUCAAACGAUUGUUAAUGAUGAUGAAGAAAAUGUUGAUUUUUUUGCCGAUUCAUUUGAUGAACACGAAACUAAAAAUCCCACAUGUGAAGAGUUUAAAAUAACAGUUAGUCGAUUUGGUGAAGGAACAACAACAACAUCAACCCCAACCACGCCAAUUCCUUGGCCAACACCUUCUUACAAUGAAUCUGAUUCCAUAACAGUUAAUUUAACCGGACCAAGUCAGUAUACAGAAUCUGUUUUGAAUAGAUUAAGAAAUAAUAUAGCCCAAAUGGCAAUAGAAUAUUGUGCUUAUAAUAACAUCGAAGGUGAAAUUAGUGUUGAAAAUGUUUUAAUAGACACAAUAGUUCAAUGUCCAAUAAACUGGCCUAAGAGAAAAAAUUGCGUUCAAAUAACAUUCAGAUUACCAAUCAUUCGAGAUAAUGAUGACGAUUACCAAUUAAAUUCAGACCAUUUGGAACAGAUGUGGUUGCAUUAUUCAAAACAUCUCAGUCCUGAAUUUAGUAUUUAUAACUUACCUGAAACAUCCGUUUUUACGUUAUGGUUAAUAAUAAUUUGCGUUGUUAUCCUCUUGUUUACUGUGGUUUUGUACCUUUUCAAACGGUUUAAACAACGAUUGACUGGAAUCAAUAAAAGGAAAAAAUCUGUUAAUAACUCCGAUCAAGCAAAUAUGAUUCCUACACAAAGCCCAAGAAACUCGCUUCAUCCACAUCCCAAACAGAUUGUCCCAGGGAUGUUUGAAAGUGAAACUUCUUACUAUGAUCCAGAUUCAACAGAUAAUUUAAGAUAAUUUAUACUUAAUUAAUUGUUAUAUUUAUUUGAUUUAUUUCAAUUUCAAAUUAAUUAUAUAAGAGUGCCAUCUAUUAGUGUGUUGUUAAAAUUCUAUUUAUGUAAAAAAUAAAAAGUAAACCUAGCAUUUGUAUAGA